GUCAGCUAGAGAUGGAGAGCUCGGGCCCCAGAGCUCGGUGCCCGGUGCAAGAGCAGCGUGCUCGCUGGGAGCGGAAACGCGCCUGCACCGCCCGGGAGCUGCUGGAGACCGAGCGGCGCUACCAGGAACAGCUGGGGCUGGUGGCCACGUACUUCGUGGGGAUUCUGAGAGCCAAGGGCACCCUGCGACCACCAGAGCGCCAGGCCCUGUUUGGGCCCUGGGAGCUCAUUUACGGCGCCAGCCAAGAGCUGCUUCCCUACCUGGAAGGAGGGCACUGGGGACAGGGGCUGGAGCGCUUCUGCCCCCACCUGGAGCUCUACACCCAAUUUGCUGCCAACGCAGAGAGGUCCCAGACCACCCUGCAGGAGCAACUAAAGAAAAGCAAACGUUUCCGGAGGUUCGUGCGGCUGCAGGAAGGCCGCCCUGAGUUUGGGGGUCUUCAGCUCCAGGAUCUGCUCCCUCUGCCUCUGCAGAGGCUCCAGCAGUAUGAGAAUCUUGUCGUUGCUUUGGCUGAAAACACAAGUCCCAACAGCCCUGACCACCAACAACUCACACGGGCUGCUCGGCUGAUAAGUGAGACUGCCCAGAGAGUCCACACCAUUGGUCAGAAACAGAAGAAUGAGCAGCGCCUCCGGCGUGUCCAGGCUCUGCUCAGUGGACGCCAGGCAAAGGGGCUUACCUCAGGUCGCUGGUUCCUACGCCAGGGCUGGCUGUUGGUGGUGCCUCCCCGUGGGGAGCCUCGGCCCCGAAUGUUUUUUCUGUUCUCUGACGUGCUCCUCAUGGCCAAGCCUCGACCCCCAUUCCACCUACUGCAGAGUGGCACCUUUGCCUGCCGGGCCCUCUACCCCACGGCCCAGUGUCAACUCCACAGGGUCUUUGGCCACUCAGGAGGCCCUUGUGGUGGACUGCUCAGCUUGUCCUUUCCCCAUGAGAAGCUACUGCUUAUGUCCACAGACCAGGAGGAGCUGUUGCAAUGGUACCACAGUCUGACUUUAGCCAUCAGCAGCCAGAAGAACUAGAAGAAUCAUACAGAUUCCAGAACUCAGGAUACUUCAGGGAUAGGUCAGCAGGGUCAAGAGUAUAAAGGAACCUUCUUCAGUGCUAAACAAAACAGAACCUUUCAUGGUUUGAAAAAGGUCAUUUUGUGUUUGCUUGGGACCAAGCCCACACCGGGUUAUUUGACCAGCCCUUAAGAAUCAGGAAACCAAAUCUGACCCAAUUGAACCUCCUCUGAACCAGCCCCUCCAGCACAGAUGAGGGGAUUUGGGAUUGAUAAGCUCGGUGCUAUAUCUGUGGCCAGUCGUCUAUCAAGGUUGCAACUUUGCAAAGGUGGCAAUUUUUACAUUGUAUGUAGUUUCUA